GAAGAAGUGGAAAGUGGAUAGAGUCGCGGAGAGUGAAGUCCACGUAGUUACCAUGCAGACAUUCGUACCUUACAAACUACAUGAAAAACCGCCAAAUCCACGCCGUUAAUGAGGCAAUAGGUGGWUUGGUAGAGAACACGGUACGAAAAUGGGGAAAUACUUGACUUCACUGCUCGUGCUGCUCCUGCAGCUCCUCUGCGGCUGCACAGGGAACCAAAGGACGGAGAAGGCAUUGGUCCUGCAGUUCACUCACUCUGUUUACAAUGCCACCAUAUACGAGAACUCUGCUGCUAAGACCUACUUGGAGAGUCAUGCGAAGAUGGGCAUCUACAUCACAGACCCCACCUGGGAGAUACGGUACAAAAUAGUGUCAGGAGACAAUGAGAACCUUUUCAAAGCAGAGGACUACGUCCUGGGAGACUUUAGUUUCCUGAGGAUAAGGACCAAAGGAGGCAGCACUGCCAUUCUGAACCGGGAGGUCAAAGACCACUACUUGCUCACUGUCAAAGCUGUGGAGAGGGGCACCGACGUCGAGGCUCGCACCCGAGUCAAGGUCCAGGUCCAGGACACCAACGACCUGAGGCCUCUKUUCUCUCCCACCUCCUACAGCAUCUCKCUGCUCGAGAACACGGCCAUACGGACCAGYGUGGCCAAGGUCACAGCCACGGAYGCCGACAUYGGGACGAACGGSGAGUACUACUACAGCUUCCGGGAGUGGACAGAUAUGUUCGCCGUCCACCCCACAAGCGGGGUGGUGACGCUGACGGGCAAGCUGGAUCACUCUGAGACCAAGCUGUAUGACCUGGAGAUCCUGGCSGUGGACCGAGGCAUGAAGCUSUACGGGAGCAGCGGCUUCAGUAGCAUGGCCARGCUGACGGUGAGGGUGGAGCAGGCCAACGAGCACGCGCCUGUCAUCACCGCCGUCACCCUGGCGCCCUCGGGCGCCGACCGCGACCCCACCUAYGCCAUAGUGACCGUCGAGGACAACGACCARGGACCAAACGGGGAGAUCGCGUCGUUGAGCGUGGUGGCGGGCGACCCCCUCCAGCAGUUUAAGGCCAUGAGAACUAGUCCCGGGAGCAAGGAGUACAAAAUCAAAGCUGUCAAGGAUGUAGACUGGGACACCCAGACYUUCGGAUACAACCUCACGUUACAGGCCAAGGACAAAGGAAGCCCCCCACAGUUUUCCUCAGCGAAAGUGGUACAUGUAACAUCCCCUCAGUUUAAAGUGGGCCCCCCUAAAUUCGAACAAGCUGUUUAUAGGGUCAAUCUCAGUGAGUUUGCCCCUCUCCAUACACCCGUUGCUAUGGUAACUGCCUUGCCAAAGUAUCCACAGUUGAAGUAUGCUUUCAGAUAUAUGGCAGAGAAGAAUCGUUUUGCUAUUAAUCCAGAAACUGGCUUAAUCACCACAGCUGGACCCAUCUAUGCGGAUUAUGCCACAAAAUUUGAACUACAAGUUAUUACCAGUGACAAAAAGGCAGCGACUAAGGUUAUCAUUGACAUUAUAGAUGUUAACAAUAAUGCCCCUGAGUUCCAACAGACCUCGUACAAGGCCACCGUUGAUGAGAAUGUACCCGUAGGGACUAACGUGUUAGCAGUGAAAGCCACUGAUCUAGACAGUGGCGAGAACGGGUAUGUGACCUACAGCAUUGCCAACGUGAGCCCGCAGCCGUUUGUCAUCGACUACUUCUCUGGUGUCAUCAGCACCUCAGAGGAGCUGGAUUAUGAGCUGAUGCCAAGGAUUUACAAUCUCAAAAUUAGGGCUUCAGACUGGGGUACCCCUUUCCGACGGGAGGUGGAGUCAUCAGUUACUGUCACACUGAAUAACCUGAAUGACAAUAAGCCUCUAUUCGAAAACGUCGACUGUGAAGUCACGGUGCCUAGAGACCAUGGCGUGGGAGAGCAGAUAACGACGGUGUCUGCUAUUGAUGCUGACGAAUUGCAGCUAGUGCGGUACGACAUCAAAGCUGGGAAUGAUCUUGAUCUCUUUGAAUUGAACUCCAACUCGGGUGUGCUUUCUUUGAAACGAACACUAAGCGAAGGGGAGGCAGCUAAAGUGUCCUUCCAUAGCUUACACAUCAGAGCCAGUGAUGGAGAGCAUGAGACUGAACCAAUGAUUAUGAACAUCAUUGUCAUCACAGCUCGCAAGCCUGUCCAAGUGAAAUGCGUCGAUACUGGGGUUGCUACCAUGUUGGCAGAAAAGCUGCUUCAUGGCACUAAGAUCCAAGCCCCAACUGAGCCUGACGAUAACUUCAUGGACAUCCAUUCGGUUAACCGCUACUCUCCUCAGUUUGCAGAGUCCUUCCCCAGUGUCAUUGAGGUCAAAGAGGACCUUCCAGUUGGGGCUAGGRUAGUCCAUCUAAGCGCCUCCGACACAGACAGUGGUUUUAACGGAAAACUGGUGUACGUUAUUUCAGGAGGAGAUACAGAGAGUCGUUUCAUUGUAGAUAUGAACACCGGUUGGCUUUUGGUUCACACUCCACUGGACAGGGAAACGACGGACCACUACACACUKAACGUCACAGUCUACGAUCUAGGAAUACCCCAGAAGUCCUCCUCCCGUCUUUUAGACGUUAAGAUCUUGGAUGCUAACGAUAACAGUCCGCAGUUCUUGCAAGACUCAUAUUCGUUGGAAAUAAGUGAAAACACACCAGUGGGCACUGAAAUCGUCCAGGUGGAUUCCACCGAUAAGGACCAGGGAGAUAACGGAGUAAUCAGGUAUUCGAUUGUGGCCGACACUGACCAGUUUGCCAUUGAUGAGCUGACUGGAGUAGUGACGGUGAAAAAGCCGCUGAAUCGCGAGGUGCACCCGGUUUACAUUCUGAAGAUCGCUGCACGUGACCAGGCCGUUAAUGAACCUCAACUCGUGUCUACAGUGUUGCUAAAGGUCAUUCUCGAGGACGUCAAUGACAAUCCUCCCAAAUUCAUCCCGUCAAAUUACAGCGUGAAAGUGAGGGAGGACCUCCCGAUCGGCACUGUGAUUAUGUGGCUGGAGGCUCACGACCCGGAUGUCGGGCUGUUCAGUCAGGUACGGUACAGCCUCAUCGAUAACGGGGACGGCAACUUCGAUGUGGACAAAGUCAGCGGCGCGGUACGCAUCCUGCAGAAUCUGGAUUAYGAGAAAAAGCAGGUGUACAAUCUCACGGCGAAAGCCAAGGACAAAGGGAAGCCCAUGUCUUUAUCGUCGACGUGCUUUAUUGAGGUGGAUGUAGUGGACGUAAACGAGAAUCUGUAUCGCCCGUGGUUCCCCUCGUUUGUGGAUAAAGGAUUUAUAAAAGAGGACGUCCUCAUUGGGACAUCCGUAAUGAAAGUAACGGCUCARGACGAAGACAAAGGAAGAGACGGAGAAAUACGCUACUCAAUACGGGACGGUUCUGGCCUAGGGAUAUUCACCAUUGAUGAAGAUACUGGGGUCAUCAGAACCCAGGAACUGCUGGACCACGAGACCACCCCGCACUACUGGCUGACUGUGUACGCCACGGACGGUGGCGUGGUGCCCCUCUCGGCCUUCGUGGAGGUCUACGUGGAGGUCCAGGACGUCAACGACAAUGCGCCGCAGACCUCUGAGCCUGUCUACUACCCGUCGGUUGCGGAGAACUCGCCCAAGGACGUGUCCAUCAUCCAGAUCGAGGCGGUGGACCCGGACGCCCGGGCCGGCGACAAGCUCUCCUACAAGAUCACCAGUGGCAACCCGCAGGGAUUUUUCGCCAUCAACUCCAAGAUGGGUCUUGUUACAACUACCUCGAGGAAGCUGGAUCGAGAACAGCAGGACGAGCACAUUCUUGAGAUCACCGUCACCGACCACGGGGUUCCCGCMAAAUCCACCACGGUCCGUGUCAUCGUCAAAGUCCUGGACGAGAACGACAAUCGGCCGCAGUUCCUGGAGAAGAUCUACAAGAUCAAGCUUCCGGAACGGGAAAAAACGGAAAAGGACCGGGCUCUGAAGCGGGAUCCCGUGUACCGGGUGAUCGCCUCGGACCGCGAUGGGGGUGCCAACUCGGAGAUCUCGUAUUCCAUUGAGGAGGGAGAUGAGCACGGGAAGUUCUUCAUCGAGCCWAAGACGGGUCUGGUGUCGUCCAAGAAGUUCUCCUCCGCCGGGGAGUAUGACAUCCUCACCAUCAAAGCCGUGGACAACGGGCGCCCCCAGAAGUCGUCCACCUGCCGGCUGCACAUCGAGUGGAUCCCCAAGCCGGRGGUGGCGGCCAGCGCGCCCCCCCUGGCCUUUGAGGAGCCCCCCUUCUUCUUCUCAGUSAUGGAGAGCGACCCCGUGGCGCACAUGGUGGGGGUCAUAACCACGGAGACGUCGGACACGCCAGUCUGGUUCGAGAUCACAGGUGGGAACUACGACAGCCGCUUUGACGUGGGCAARGCCAGUGGGACCCUGAUCGUGGCAAGGCCCCUCGAUGCUGAGCAAAAAUCCAAUUAUAACCUGACAGUGGAGGCAACGGACGGGACGCGAUUUGUCAGCACCCAGGUGCUGAUCCGUGUCAUCGACACCAACAACCACCGGCCCCAGUUCUCCCAGCCGCGCUAUGAGGUGGUUGUGGCCGAGGACACGCCGCCAGAGACCGAGGUGCUCCGGAUCGGUGCCACGGACGAAGACGAUAAGAACAAGUUGACCUUUACCCUCUUGAGCAGCACGGACCCCUUCAGUCUGAAGAAGUUCCGUCUGGACCCGGGAACCGGUGCCCUCUACACGGCCGAGCGGCUUGACCACGAGACCAUGCGGCGCCACACUCUCACCGUUAUGGUACGUGACCAGGACAUCCCCGUCAAGAGGAAYCUGGUGCGCGUCAUCGUGGACGUGGAGGACACCAACGACAACGCGCCGUGGUUCGUGGGCUCGCCGUACUCCGGGCGCGUCUUCGAGUCGGCCGCCUUGGGCUCGGCAGUCCUCCAGGUCACCGCCCUGGACAAAGACAAGGGACMGAAUGCAGAGGUCAUCUACAGCAUCGAGUCAGGAAAUGUUGCAAACUCAUUUGCCAUUGAUCCGGUGCUGGGCACUGUUACCGUGGCCAAGGAGCUGGACCGAAGCAGCAAGAACCAGUUUGAACUAGCUGUGAAGGCAACCGACAAAGGAACCCCUUCGCUGACUGCCACCGCCACCGUCCACAUCGCUGUCACCGUGUCGGACAAUGCCACCCCCAGAUUUACUGCCAAGGAGUUCUCCGCUGAGGUCAGCGAACUGGCCCUCCCCGGCAGUUUUGUAACCAUGAUCACAGCAACCAGCCAGUCCUCUGUGUUCUACCAAAUCAAAGGUGGAAACACUGAUGGCGCAUUUGAUGUAAACCCAAACUCCGGUGUGGUUGUAACUUCGAGGGCUUUGGACUAUGAAAUGACCCCYGAGUACAGACUGACCAUCCAGGGAACCAACAUGGCGGGUCUUGCUAGCAACACCACUCUGCUGAUUCACCUGAAGGACGAGAACGAUAAUGCCCCCAUCUUCCUYCAGCCAGAGUUCACAGGCAUGAUUAGCGAAUCGGCUCCCGUCAACAGUGUGGUCUUGACCAGAGAAAACACCCCGCUGGUCAUCCGCGCCUCGGAUGCUGACCGCGAUGCCAACGCCAUGCUGGUCUAUCAGAUCGUCGAGCCGUUCGCUCACAACUACUUUGCCAUCGAUUCCAGUACGGGAGCCAUUAGAAUGACAACCACUCUGGAUUACGAACAAAGGAGUGUAUUCCGCUUCACCAUUCAGGUCCACGACCUCGGAAUUCCGCGUCUGUUCGCCGAGACAGCCGCCAACGUGACCGUCGAAGUCAUCGAUGUCAACGACUGCUCGCCGCAGUUCAGUCAGGAGCUCUACGAGACAUCAGUGAUCGUGCCAACUUACAAAGGUGUUGAGGUAAUCAAAGUCAACGCAUCAGAUGCAGACUCCGGACCAAACUCUAAACUCUUCUUCUCCAUCUCAGAGGGGAACAUCGGGGAGAAAUUCAAGAUGGAUCCCAACACAGGCAUCAUCACUAUCCAGAACGUCACCCAGCUAAGAAGCAGGUACGAGCUCAGGGUGAGGGUCUCGGACGGCAGGUUCGCCAACACAGCAUCGAUAAAGAUAAACAUCCGUGAGAACAAGGAGAGCAGCCUGAAGUUCACUAGUGACUCCUACAAGGCUUAUGUCAAAGAGAACUCCUCUGAGAAGAAAACAUUAGCGGUCAUUGCCGCUGUGGGGAACCACAUCAAUGAACCCCUCUUCUACACUGUCCUGAACCCAGACCAGAGGUUCCAAAUCAGCCGUACUUCCGGAGUGCUCUCCACCACAGGGAUACCUUUCGAUCGCGAGGYGCAGGACACGUUCGACCUCGUCGUGGAGGUGACCAGGGAGGACGCUUCCUCCGAAGUGGCCCACGUUCUGGUGACGGUGAUCAUAGAAGAUGUGAACGACAACCAGCCCAUGUUUGUCAACCUUCCCUAUCAAGCCUUGGUCCAGGUGGACGCAGAGGAGGGUCAGGCCAUCCGUCAGGUGACAGCAGUGGACGGGGACGUUGGUCAAAAUGCUGAAAUCCAUUACCACCUGAAAGAACACCACAAGCACUUCCAGAUAAGCCCCUCGGGAGAAAUCUCCCUCAAAAAACAGUUAGACAAAGACUCCCUCAACAGUGAGUUCGUCAUCAACGUUGUGGCCAAAGAUGCAGGAGAACCAGCCCUCUCGGCAGAAGUGGAAGUGCCCAUAACUAUAGUAAACAAAGCCAUGCCAGUGUUUGAGAAGGCAUUCUACAGCAUCGAAAUCCCUGAAAAUAUCCAGUUACACACACCUGUAGUUCACGUCCAGGCUACUGACUCUGAAGGCCCCAAGAUAGUAUACACCAUCUCUGAGGGAGAUGCCUUCAGUCAGUUUUCUAUCAAUUUCAACACAGGUGUCAUACAUGUAAUCCAACCUCUAGAUUUUGAGACCCACCCCGCUUAUAAAUUGAGUGUCAGAGCCACAGACUCACUGACUGGGGCCCACGCUGAUGUCUUUGUCGAUAUCAUUCUGGUAGACGUCAACGAUAAUCCCCCUGUCUUCCAACUAAAGUCCUACAACGCAAGUGUUUCUGAAGCUUCCUUCAUCGGCACUGCAGUUUUGCAAGUUGCCGCCACAGACUCCGACACUGGCAACAACAAAAUGCUCUUCUACCAGCUAGUUGAGGACAAGGAAAAGAGCUCAGACUACUUCAGCAUUGACCGUGACUUGGGAAUCAUCUGGACUGCUCGCAUGCUCGACCAGGAGGAAAAGCAGCAACACAAGCUGACUGUCCGCGCAGUGGACGGAGGAGUGCCUGCCCUCUCCAGCGAUGUCACUGUGACCAUAGAUGUCACUGACCUGAAUGACAAUGCUCCGGUGUUCACUGAGAGCUCUUACAAUGCCACAGUCAGCGAAUUGGCCCCCCGCGGUUACUUCGUCACCCAAGUCCAGGCGUCCGACGCCGACAGCUCAGACRCCGGCAGGCUUGAGUUCUCCAUCCUGUCUGGCAAUGAGGACCAGAACUUUGCCAUGGAUAAAAACACUGGGGCCAUCGUCAUCUCCAACCACCGUAAGCUACAGAUGGAGCCACUGUACAACCUCAACGUGUCCGUGUCAGAUGGUGUAUUCAGGACCUCGGCCGUGGUCAAAGUCACAGUCAACGGUGCCAACUUCCACAACCCCACUUUUCCCCAGCUCGACUAUGUAGUUGAACUCACUGAGAACUCGCCGGUCGGAACGUUAGUUGCUGAGGCCAAAGCCACAGAUGAAGACGCUGGCACAUACGGGAGCCUAACUUACCACAUCGUCAACGAUUUUGCCAAAGACAAGUUUUCUGUCAAUGAAAAUGGAGAGAUUUUCACCCGGGAGAUCCUAGACCGCGAGAACGCCAUUGAGAAGGUCAUCCCCAUAUCGCUCAUGGCAAAGGACGGUGGCGGCAAAGUAGGCUUCUGCAUUAUUAAUGUGAUUUUGACAGAUGUCAAUGACAAUGCCCCACAAUUCAGGGCAGUGGAGUACAAAGCCAAUGUAGCAUCGGAUGUCCCCAGGGGAACCACCGUGGUGAAAAUUGCUGCGUCAGACAUGGAUGAGGGAAGCAACGCCGACAUCGCUUACACAAUCGAAGCCGACGUGGAAAACGUGGAGGAGAACUUCGAAAUCCACCCCUUCAGUGGAGUCAUUGUCACCAAAGAGAGCCUCAUCGGACUCGAAAACGACCUCUACGCUUUCUACGUUAGGGCAAAGGAUGCUGGGAGUCCUUCCAAACAAUCCGUCGUCCGCGUUUAUAUCAGGAUAGUGGCCCCUGAGGUACCGGUCCCCAAGUUUGCAGAGCCACACUUCCGGUUCACCAUCGCCGAAGACAUGCCCAUCGGCACGGAUAUUGACGUCAUCCAGGCGGAGAGUGAACAACCGGUGUUCUACAGCCUAGUGAAGGGCAACACCCCGGAGAGUAACCAGAAUGAGGUCUUCGUGGUGGAUCGGGACACUGGGGCCCUGAAGCUGGAGAAGAGUAUGGACCACGAGACCACAAAGUGGUACCAGCUCACGCUGCAAGCCCAGAGCCAACAGGAGGGCUACGAAACGUUGGCGUCUGUCGACAUCAACAUCCAGGUCAAGGACCUCAACGACAACAAGCCUGUGUUUGAGUCAGACCCGUAUGAGGCGGUGGUGGUGGAGAACCUUCCAGAUGGCACGCCGGUGAUCCAGGUCAAAGCCACCGACCAGGACUCGGGCACCAACGGUCAAGUCAUCUACAGCCUGGACCCCAAACAAACUUUGUCUGAGAUCUCUGAGCUGUUCGCCAUCAACAGUGAGACAGGCUGGGUGACGACAUUGAAAGAGCUCGACUGUGAGAAGACCAGCAAGUACACCAUUGCCGUGCUGGCCACAGACMGCGGAGACAAGGUGCAGCUGGUGACCAGCUCCACUGUGGAGGUUACCGUGGCCGACGUCAACGAUAACCCGCCUCGCUUCACCGCCGAGAUCUACAAGGGCACGGUGAGCGAAGACGACCUUCCACCCAGUGGAGUCAUUGCCAUCCUGAGCACGUCGGACGCCGACACAGAGGAGAUCAACAAACAAGUCAGCUACUUUAUCACAGGAGGCGACCCUCUAGGACAGUUUGCGAUUGAGCACCUCCAGAACGAGUGGAAAGUGUCUGUCAGGAAGCCACUGGACCGCGAGGAGCGCGACAACUACCUCCUAAAUAUCACCGCCWCCGACGGCACCUUUGCCACCAAGGCCGUGGUCGAGGUCAAAGUCCUGGACGCCAACGACAACAGCCCCGUUUGCGAGAAGUCCCUCUACACAGAGAGGGUCCCCGAGGGCUUCCCCGCCGGCAGGCUCAUCCUGCAAGUCUCGGCCACAGACGCAGACAUCCGCUCCAACGCCCACAUCUCCUACGAGCUCCAGGGACCGGGAGCCGAGCUUUUCACCAUCGACCCCGACACAGGUGAACUGAAGACCCAGCAGCCCCUGGACCGCGAGGAGAAGGAGGAGUACCGCCUGRCKGUGCGGGCGCUAGACGGCGGCGGGCGCUACUGCGAGGCAGCCGUGCACCUGACCGUGGAGGACGUGAACGACAACGCGCCACAGUUCACCUCCGGCCCUUACGCCAUCACCGUCUUCGAGAACACGGAAGUCGGCACCUUCGUGGCGCGGCUCCUCGCCACCGACCUCGACGCCGGCUUGAACGGCGACAUCCUCUACUCCCUCGCCGACUCGGCCGACGGCCACUUCUCCGUGGACGAGCGUACCGGCGUCGUCGCGUUACGAAAGCCCCUGGACCGCGAGGCGCGGGCCGUGUACGAGCUCAAAGCGCGYGCCUCCGACCGAGGCUCCCCGCGCCGCCUCUCGUCCCUCUCCCGCGUCACGGUCUCCGUGCUGGACAUMAACGACAACCCGCCCGUGUUCGAGCACCGCGAGUAUGUGGCGGGCGUUUCGGAGGACGUGGCGGUGGGCACGCAGUUGCUGCGGGUGCACGCUGCUAGUCGGGACAUCGAGGCCAACGGGGAGAUCGCCUACGCCAUCGUGAGCGGGAACGAGCACGGCAUGUUCAGUGUCGACCCUCGGACUGGUGACGUCUUCGUCAUCGAGCCGCUGGACUUCGAGGCGUCCCACGAGUACUACCUKACGGUGGAGGCCACGGACGGGGGCACGCCGCCGCUCAGCGACAUGGCCACGGUCAACAUCAACCUGACGGACGUCAACGACAACAGCCCCGCCUUCAGCCAGACCACCUACGCCGCCGUGGUGGCCGAGGACGCCGAGCCCGGCAAGACAGUGGUGACGGUGAUGGCGGAGGAUGCAGACGGGCCAGCCURUAACCACGUGCGUUACUCCAUCGUGGAGGGGAACCAGGGCAGUCCCUUCACCAUUGACCCAAUCAGGGGAGAGGUCAAAGUGGCACGCCAGCUAGACAGAGAGACGACAUCGGGGUACACCCUGACGGUGGUGGCGUCGGACAACGGCGUUCCGGCCCGCUCCAGCAGCGCCACGGUCAACGUCGACGUGUCUGACGUCAACGACCACCCGCCCCUCUUCUCCCCUGCCAACUACAGCCUCAUCAUCCAGGAGAAUCGUCCAAUGGGGACCAGCGUUGUCCAGCUCAUCGUGACCGACCGRGACGCCACGCACAAUGGGCCGCCGUUCGCCUUCGCCAUCAUCGACGGCAAUGAGGGGGGUGUGUUCGAGGUGAACCAACAGGGGGCGCUGCUGGUGGUGGAAGAGCUGAAGAGGAAGACCAAGGAGAACUACCUACUGAAUGUCCAGGUGGCUGACAACGGCAAGCCCCAGCUCCUCUCCACGGCCUACAUCAGCAUCCGGGUCAUCGACGAGAGUGUCUACCCGCCCGCCGUCUUCCCGUUGGACAUCUACAUCUCUGUCGCCGGCGAGGAAUAUCCCGGCGGCGUGCUCGGCAAAAUCCACGCCACCGACCAGGACAUUUACGACACGCUAACUUACAGUCUCGCACCUCCAUCGUCCCCGGAUAACGCCGAAGACGCUCUGUUCACCGUCUCCGCCGCGGACGGCAAAGUCAUCGCCCGGCGCCCGCUCGACGUGGGCCACUAUCCACUCAACAUCACCGUCACAGACGGGCGCUUUUCGGCGACGGCCGACGUGAACGUGCACGUGCGCCAAGCGACUCGCCAGGCACUGGACAACUCCAUCGCCGUGCGUUUCGCCGGCAUCGCGCCCGAGGAGUUCGUCGGGGACUACUGGCGCACGUUCCAGCGGGCGUUGAGGAAUAUAGCGGGGGUGAGACGCAGCGAGGUGCAGCUGGUUAGUCUGCAGCCCUCCGAGCAGGGGACAGGAGACCUGGAUGUUCUACUGGCUCUGGAGAAAUCCGGGAGUCCCUACCAGCCACAGGAAUUCUCCAGCCACGCCACCGUCAUGUACGCCAAGGGCACCGACUACAGCAUCCUGGAGAUUGUGAAUGGCCGCCUGCAGUACAAGUUUGACUGCGGCAGCGGCCCUGGAAUCGUCUCUGUACACAGCACCCAGGUCAACGACGGCGACUGGCACACGGUCACCCUUGAGGUGGAUGGCAACUACGCCAAGCUAGUCCUGGACCGUGUGCACGCCGCCUCGGGCACAGCGCCGGGUACUCUGCGCACACUCAACCUGGACAACAGCGUCUACUUCGGCGGGCACGUGCGCCAGCACCCCUCUUCCACAGCCGGGCGCCACGGUCGCAGUUUGCCCGUCACCAAUGGGCUCCGGGGCUGCGUGGAAGCCAUCGUGCUCAACGGCCAAGAGCUGCCGCUCAACACCAAGGCGCGUGGUGCCCACGCCGUGCUGGAGGACGUGGUGGACGUGGCKCCCGGGUGCGUGCUGGCGCCCGCCACCGAGGGCUGCUCCAGCAACCCCUGUACCAACGGGGGSAGCUGCUCCUCACUGGCCAACGAAGGUUACUUCUGUAAGUGCAAGGCUUCGUUCAUGGGUACUCACUGUGAGAUUGGCAUCAGCCCGUGUGCCUCCAACCCCUGCCUGUACGGGGGAACUUGCGUGCCACGCGGCGACGACCUCUACUGCCAGUGCAGAGGGCAGUACUCAGGACAACGGUGCCAGGUGGGACCAUACUGCACAGACAACCCCUGUAAAAACAGUGGGAAGUGCAUUGACAGCCUGGAUGGUCCUGUGUGUGAGUGUGAACAGGGAUUCCAGGGUGACAGGUGCCUCAGUGAUGUGGACGAGUGCCUGAAGAACCCAUGCUCCAACGGCGGCCAAUGCCAGAACACCUACGGCUCGUACWCCUGCAACUGCUCCCUGGGCWACAYCGGSYGGCUAUGCGAACUCCGCUCCGAGGUCCGCAACGAGUUCGUCUCCACCUCCUGGAACAUCGGCCUUGAAGAAGUCAUCGGUAUUGUGGUCUUUGUGGCCUCCAUUUUCCUCCUGGUCGUCCUCUUCGUGGUCAUCCGCAAGAGGGCGUGCCGAAGAAAGUCCAAGUCUGACGACGACAAUCGCAGCCCGGGAGGUUUAGGAGCGCCGCACUCCUUCCUCCAGCGGCCCUACUUUGACGCAAAGCUCUGUAAGAACAUUUACUCUGACAUUCCGCCGCAGGUGCCUGUUCGGCCCAGCUCGUACACACCCAGCAUCCCCAGCGAUUCGCGCAACAACUUGGACCGCAACUCGUUUGAGGGCUCGGCCAUCCCCGAGCACCCCGAGUUCAGCACGUUCAACCCGGACACGAUGCACGGACACCGCAAGACGGUUGCCGUGUGCAGCGUGGCGCCCAACCUGCCUCCGCCGCCGCCCUCCAACUCGGUAUCCGACAGCGACUCCAUCCAGAAGCCCAGCUGGGACUACGAGUAUGACGCUAAGGUAGUAGACAUGGAUCACUGUUUGACCAAGAAGCCAGUGGAGGACAGUGCCUGUCACUACAACACCAGGGGCAGUAUGUCUGAGGUCCAGUCCCUCAGCUCCUUCCAAUCCGAGUCCUGUGACGAUAACGGCUAUCACUGGGACACAUCUGAUUGGAUGCCAAGUGUUCAACUUCCUGGAAUCCAGGAGUUCCCGCAGUAUGAGGUCGUGGAGUCCCCGGCCCCCCUGUACAGUGACCCRAACGCCAUCGAUACUGACUACUACCCCGGCGGCUACGACAUCGAGAGCGACUUCCCGCUGCCGCCAGAGGACUUCCCCGCCCACGAGGACCUGCCCCCGCCGCCGCUAUCCGAGUAUGGCGACCGCUACGCCACCCUGGAACCACCCCGGAGGGACCUGGCGCCUCCUGGCAGCCCAGGUUCGAGUUCGGCCUCGGGGGUACGCCACCGCCCACCACUGCCCCAGCUCUAUAGCCUUAACCAGUACCUACCGCACCACCACUACCCCAGCGACGCUGAGGGCAGCCUGGGCCGGGGAAGCUCCAUGGCCGCCACCAACUCCACCCCGACCUCCACCAUGGGCGGCGCCAGCAGCUACCGUGGCGGCUACCCCAUGGGGUACGGGCGGGGGGACUUUGAGGCGCCGGCGCUGGACAACAUGUCCAUGUCCCUGUACACAUCCACGGCCUCCUGCUCGGACAUGUCGGCGUGCUGCGAGGAGUCAGAGGUCAUGAUGAGCGACUAUGAGAGCGGUGACGAGGGACACUUUGAGCGGCUGGCCAUCCCCGCACUGGACUCCCAACAGCACACUGAAGUCUGACACUGGAUCCAAACAAAAGUGCCUGAACCCCCCCCCAAUCCCCCCCACCCAUCCAUCUCUACCUUAUGUUAACCCCCUCUACCCGUGUAUGUUAACCCCCUCUACCCGUGUAUGUACACACUACAACUGCACACAACACAAAGAGACACUACACUGACACAGACACACUUAUACAUACAGUGCCAUGCAAAAGUAUUCACCCCCUUGGUGUUUUUUCCUAUUUUGUUG